GUUGCACAAAAGCUGCGCACUGUAUGGUCUGCUCUUCCUGACACUUUCUGUACCCCCGAGUACAAAAAUUUGGAUUCACGUGUAAGUGGACGUGAAUCAACUUCACAUGGUGUUAUUACUUUUAUCAUCUAUCCAGUUUAACGAUCAAGAAACUUCUCAAUACAGUCAGUUGUCUUCUCAAUAAAAUACCUAAUGGAGACUGAAGAAUUGGAAAAUGAACUAAUUCAAUCAAUUCGACCUAAUUUAAGUGAAUUAUUACGAAUAUGGGAUUAUGUGGGUUAUAAUAAAUUGGAACGUUCACAACGUAUACAACAUUUUGUACAAAAACUACAAACGGUACUAUGUGAAGUAAUUAAAGAAGAGAAUUCUGCACGUCUUUUAAUGGAACAAAAAAUUGAAUUAAGACGUAGAGAAAUUGCUGAUAUGUGUCAGCAAUUAGGUUUAGCGCCAUUUCUACCAGAACGUGGACUUACUUCCAGUGAAUUAAUGCGAUCAUUAGAUGAAAAAGCGGAAGGAUUAAUUCAACAAAAAAGUGCUCGAUGUGAACGUUAUUGUUGGCUACGAUCAAAAAUAUUACAUUUAGACAAUUUAUUAGGUGGUGAUCAAUUAUUGGAUAUUACAAAACAUAAACUUGGUAUCGAUUUUCACACUACCUUUCCAUCGAUCACGAAAUUCAUUGGACAAACGAAUGGUAUUGAUGAAAACAAUGCCAUUAAAAGUGAGGAUUUGAAUAGCUGUCAAAGUUUAGAUCCUUCUCUAAUUUCAUCCAUUCAAACAAUUCCUGAUCAAAUAAGUAUUGAAAAACUUACCAAAAUUCAUGAACAGUUACAAUCGAUUUACACACCAUUAGCUGUGCAACAUGCUGCACUUCGUGAAGAUAUUGCUCGUGUUGCCGCUGAUAUUUUCUAUCGACCACAAUCAGAAAAAGAAGCUGAAAUUUUAACAAUUGUUGGAUUAAAACAUCUAUGUAAAAAUGGUAAUACAAUUUCAACACCAGGUGUAGUAAGACGUGCUAAUGAUGAAAAAGAUUGUACUGUGUCCAAGCCUACAUCUAGUGAAAACUUAGAAGUCACUACAAAUGGCUUAAAUAAUAAUCAUGAUACUUAUGAACCUGUUGUAAAUAAGGAGAUACUUAUGUGGUUAACUGACUGGCGAUUAAGAUUAGUUAAAGAGAAAGCUCGUUUAGUUGGUACCUGUGAAGAAUUAAGAGCUUACCUGCUACAAAUGUGGAAACGUUUAGAUAAACCGGAAUCUGAACAAAAACAAUUCUUAGCUAUGCAUGCUGGUUAUAAACCGGAAACAUUGGAAGCACUUCAGGAAGAAGUUGAUCGUUGUCAACAAAUGAAAUGGGAAAAUAUGCAAACUUAUUUAAAUCGUCUUCAAACUGAAGCAUUACGUUUAGCAAAUUUAUGUUGUGUUGAUGAGAAAAUUAUUCAAUUACCAAAUGAUAGUGAUAAACAUGAUCCAGAAAUAUUAGUAAAUCAUUUAGAAACUAUAUUAGAACAAUUAAAUCAAACUUAUCAAUUAUAUCGUCCUGUUUAUGAAUGUAUUGGUCAAUAUGAAUCAUAUUGGAAACAAUUAAUGGAUGUAGAAACACGUCUAAAAGAUCCUGCAAUCUUCUCUAAUCGUGGUGGUAUUUUAUUAAAAACAGAAAAAGAGAAAAAACGUUUACUUAAAGAAGUGGAACGUACCGAGAAAGAAACAUGCACAGCUAUUGAACAAUAUGAACUGAAAAGUUCAUCAAAUUUUCUUUUAUCUAACGGUAAAACAUUUAAUGAACAUAUUCAUGAUAAAUGGACUAUGUAUAAAACAUUUAAAGAUACAUCGAAAUCACGUCGUUCCACUAUUUCAACACCGAAUAAUAUGAAUACUAGUAUUUCAACUGUCAAUAAUAAUAAUACUAAUAGUAAUAAUAGUCCUCAAAUGAAUACACAUAAUAAUCAAUCCGGUAAUACUACACGUCCAACUUCAGCUAAUUUAAUUGGAUGAUCAAUUAAUUAUCUGUAGCUUGAAUUGAAUGAAAAUAAUCGAUUUUUAUCCGAUCUUCCCAUUUCAUUGCUGUACAUGCAUAUUUACAUGUAUAUUUAUGUAUGUAUGUAUGUAUGUAUGUAUGUUUCUUUGUUUGUGAGUGUGUGUGCAGACAUACACUUUGCAGACAUGAUUUGAUGUGUUGUAGGCUGUGAAUUUCAUCUCAUAAAAACAACUACUACUACUACAACACUAGUGAUUCAAUGUGUUCAAUGGAUAAUAAUGAGCAAGCAUUCAGUUUAUAUAUAAAAUUUUUGUCACUUAUAACUUCUUUUCUCCUACUUUUAUUUUUUCUUUCAUUGCUUUGAGCAUAGUUUUCAAUCAUAUGAUUUUCUUAUUCUUUGUUUAAUAUUAUUGUUUUUGUGUGUGUGCUUGUGUGUGUGUGUGUGUGUAAAAAGGAAAUCAGUUGGAUCAACAAUGGCUACUUAUCUGUCUAUCUAUCUAUAUACAUCACAAAUUAGCUUUUCUACUAAAACAAGUUCUCAAUGAAAUCUAAUUGUAUUUAUCGACAAUACUACUACUACUGCUCACCUGUUUGCUUUGUUCUCAUCAGAAAAGUUGAAUGGUACUUCAUGUAUUUAUCUUUCUUUUUUAUUAAGCUGGUCAUUUUGGUUGAGUUUUUUUAUUGUCUAUAGCAAAAACAUAAUGCGAGCCAGUCAGUGUAUGUUGUUCAUUUUUAGUUUUACGGUGAUAAUGUUUAUAUGCUUUGUUUGUUUUUCUGUGAAUUACUUACAUCCCUAUCUAUCAUUGUGCAAUAAAUAGUGUGUUUGAAAAUUUUGUUUAUUUAAAAUGUGGCCUACUACUUUUUUUCAGUAAAUUAUGUCAUUGAUGCGGGAAAUGCUUUUCUUUGUGUAGUUUCAUUUUUAACAAAAAUUUAAUAUGAGCGCGCGUUGUAGUUUAUUCUUUGUUCAAUUUGGUGAAGAUAAUUCAUGGUUUGGAUCGUUUUGAAUAUUGAAUUUUGAUUUACGCUUCUUUCAGUUUCGUUUUUUAAAAACAAUCAUUGGGCUUGUUGUAUACUAGUAAGUUUGUCAUUCAUGAACAGACUCUAUUAGAAUAAUAAUAAUAAUUUUGUUGGUUGUUGUAAUAAAAGUAGUUUUCUGUUCAAUAAUUUUGCAUAAAAAAGAAGUAAUUUCAAUGUAUAAAUUUUGUAAAUUACUUUGAGUUUAAUGUAUCAAUUAUUGUCAUUCGAGUUAGUUACGUUUUUUUUAUGUGAAUAGUAAAUAGUGAUUAGUAAAA